CUACUGCUCCGUGCACACAAUCUUGUCGGUCAGAGCACACAGUAGAAAACCGUGUCAUUUCCGUACCCUUUAGUCGGUUCGUUCCAUAUAUUCUGAUAUGCGUGUAAGAUUAGGCAGUUCGUGAGUUUACGGAAAUAGAUAUUUGGGUGAAUAGUAAUAGAAUGAGAGCUGACACUAAAAACGCUGAGGUUCAUAAGAUAUCAUCACACACACACAUAUAUAUAUAUAUCGCACGACAAUCAGUUUUUUUCUCUCUCUGCCUCUCUUUUCAUUGGUGAGCUCCGAACAUGCUAUCUCUCUCUCCCUGUCACUGCGGUUGCGGCUCAAGGGGCGUCUCCACGCCACAUAACACGUUGCAAAACUGGCGGAAAGCUGAAGGUCGAUCGGGGAGCGCCGGGGACGGACGGACGGACGGGAGCAGCGGGGAGAGGUUGCUAGACGGGGCUGCGCUGAGCUGAGCUGAGCGGGACUCACUGAAGGACAUAUAAAGGAGAGGGGAAAGGGCGCGAACGCGCACACUCACGGACACGCGCUACGAAGCACUUCCGGCCCAGAGCAAGAUGGCGGCUCCCUUGAUGGAGAGGCUGUCGGAAUCGCUCGGUUCCUCGGAACCGGCAGUUCGGCUCAUUCUCUCUAUUCUUACUGGGUACCCGUUUGCCAUGUUGUACCGGAGUUAUUUCUUCCACCAGUCUCCCACCGUUGUGCACCUGUUCCACACAAUGUCUGGACUGAUUCUGGCAGCUUUCAACUUUGGCUCUCAGCUCUAUCACUCUGCAGUGUGUGUUGGUGUUCAGUUCCUGUUGCUGAGGCUAAUGGGAAGGACACUGACUACCGUUUUGACCAGCUUUUCGUUUCAGAUGGUCUACCUACUCUGUGGUUAUUACUAUACUGCGACUGAUCAGUAUGAUAUUAAGUGGACCAUGCCUCAUUGCGUACUCGCGCUGAAGCUUAUUGGUUUGUCAUUUGACUACUAUGACGGUGGAAAGGAACCACCGCAGCUCAGCGCAGAGCAGAAGAAGGGUGCCCUUUCAAAGGUUCCCUCCCUCCUUGAGGUCUGUGGUUUCUCCUACUUUUAUGGCGGGUUCCUGGUGGGCCCACAGUUCACACUGCGCAGCUACCAGAGGCUGGUCUCCGGGGAGCUGACAGACUGUCCCGGACAGCCUCCAAACAGUGUUUUUCCUGCCUUGAAAAGGUUCCUUCUGGGCCUUUCGUGCCUGACAAUUUACACCAUAGGAAGCCCUUUCUACCCUGACAGCUACUUCCUCACUGACGGGUAUGAGGCCCAGCCCUUCUGGUACCGUUGUGUGUACAUCCUGAUCUGGGCUAAAAUCAGCUUGUACAAAUACGUCAGCUGCUGGGUCAUUGCUGAAGGUGUGUGUAUUCUCUGUGGGCUGGGCUACAACGGACAGGAUGAGAAGGGGACCCACCAAUGGGACGCCUGUGCGAACAUGAGAGUGUGGCAGUAUGAGACCACACCCCUCUUCACUGGCACCAUUGCUUCCUUCAACAUCAACACCAACGCUUGGGUGGCCAGACAUGUAUUCAAGCGAUUGAAGUUUCUUGGUAACAAGAUGGCAUCUCAGAUGGCGACGUUGCUGUUCCUGGCCGUGUGGCACGGUCUUCACUCCGGCUACAUACUGUGCUUCUCUUUGGAGUUCAUCAUCGUCAAUGUGGAGAGGAAGGCCAUGGCGCUAGUGAAUGACAGUCCUCUGCUGACCCGACUGGUCUCCAGCCCGCUGUACCCCCUACUCUAUGUGGUCCAGCAGUUCCUGCACUGGCUCUUUAUGGGAUACCCCCUCGUACCCUUUUGUCUGUUCACCUAUGACAAGUGGCUCAAGGUGUAUUCAUCUGUCUACUUCUGUGGUCACGUCUUUUUCUUCAUUGCCUACCUUAUCAUACCCUACUUCCGCAUGGUGCUGGUGCCUCGGAAAGCAGGGGACGUGAAGAAAGAAAAAUGAUACUGCAGGUCUCAAGUUUGGAUUUUCAACCUAAAUUUGACUGAAGGGAACUGUGACUUUUAAUGUGGAAAAGAUCAGAAAAUAUUUUAACGCCUUUAGUAAUAUUUAUGUGUACAAAUUUGAUUUCGAUAUGUUUUGGGCUGAUGAAGGUGAUGUGGGGAAAUUUAGGCACAGAUAGUGAGGGAGGAAGUAGAGAGAUGGCGUUUACCCAGAGUGCUGUAGUGAGGUAGCGUUAAGUGAAAGCGGGUGGUGUGCUGAAAGGGUGCAUACCUGACUGUCACUUUGCCUUUGGCCCCACUUGACAGGUGUAUGUGUCGCUCAUCUCUCACUCCAGUAAGCAUUUGAAAGAUGAGCCCUAUUUUGGGGCACAAAAUUAGUGUGUUUGGUGCUUCCAGGUUGAAAACGACACCUGUUGUUGGAAAGAUUGCAUUUUUUUUGCAAUUUUGCAAAAGAUGACACACUGCGGCGGGACCUUUUCAAACCACAGCCAAGAAACACUACGCACUGCAGCACAAUUUAAUUGUGAUUUAUUAUUUUUUAAAUUGCCUUGAAUAUUAAAGAUGAAUGUUUUAACAGCGAUGAUGGUUGAAAAGUAGUCUUGGAAAUAGUAGGCGUGGUACAUAGUUUUGCUUUGGGCAAAACAAAAAACUAAAAUCCACACAAAGGCCCUCCCUCUGUCCUGCUCUUUCCACAUUGGUUUUAUUUUUUUAUUUUUUUUAUUUUUUUUUUUAAAUCAGUCUCCUCUUCUCAGUUUUAUUUCUUUGCUUCAUCAUACUCACACAAACAUUUCCAACCCGCACCACCACUUUUCUAUUCAUUCGAACCAUGAUUGUUAUCCAUCCAUAACCACCCAGUGACAUGGACCCUUUUUUAUGUACAUUCUGUACAAGGUGGCUAAGACUCACUGUAACAAUGAUGUUUUGAUAAUAUUUAUACUUGUGGUGAUAAUUGUGUAUUAUUAUUAUUCCAGAGACUACUUUGCCUUAUUGCUACCAAAUGUACAAACGAAACAGUUUUAAACUUUUUUUGUAAUGUUCAUUAAAAUGCUGGAUUUUUGAA